GCAAACAAUUUGCUUUAUAUGCAAGAAGCGGAUCAGAUAACCAACGAAGUGUCGGCCUUUUAUUACACUAAACUACACGACUUUAAUAGUGACGGCAAACUCGACGGAUUAGAACUUUUAUUAGCGGUUAAACAUUCAUUAGUCCAUCACAACGCUAGCUAUGAAUUCACGCCAUUGGAGGACAUGUCAAAUUAUGUGGAUUCUGAGCUGAAUCUAAUGGAUUUGAAUAACGAUGGGUUCGUUGAUUACGGGGAGAUCUAUACUUAUAUGGAGGCAAACAAACAACAACAGAAUAAUCUACCAAAUAAUGCACCGAAUAAUCAACAGAUUAAUCCACCCAAUAAUCCACCGCAGGCUCAAUAAAUUGUCAUUCAUUUAUUAAAUGUUAAUUUUAUGUAAGAAUUAAUUAUUGCAAAAUAAAGUCAAAAUAAUUUCAUAAUGGGUUUAGUUAUAUAGAAAUAAAUGAUUGCUUUCUAUUAUAAUUAAUAAUAUAUUUAUUAAAUACAAUUCAUUCCAA